GUUGAAAUUCUGCUGCAAGUCACAUCUAAAGGUUGAACUGUUAAAUGAUGGAGCGACAGACUUUUAACACAGCUUUGGCUUCCGCUCAGCCCACGCUCAGCAUCUCAACUCUCUCGCUGCGUAGAACCACAGAUCUGAUGCUCCGGAGAAGCACCAGCCAGUCCAUCUGAGCCACUUGCCGGAGAGAUUUGAGUCACAGCUCCUGAGAGAGCCUGUUGGAAACAAUGGAAUCCAGAAUACCACAGCAGUGAUCUGGACCAGAGUCAUAGCAGGGAUGAACGUGUCCGCUGAGACCUCGUACGCAGAGGAGGGGCUUCUGGGUAACUCCACCUGGGCGUACUCCCAUGACCACUACAACUACACCCUCCCCCCUCUGCUGACGACAGACAAAACCAGCACCACCAAACCUGCAGCGUGUGAACAGGUUCACAUCGCCGUGGAGGUGUUUCUGAUUCUGGGGAUCAUCUCUCUGCUGGAGAACAUCCUGGUCAUCACAGCCAUAGUGAAGAACAAGAACCUUCACUCUCCCAUGUACUUCUUUGUUUGCAGCCUGGCGGUAGCUGACAUGCUGGUGAGUGUGUCCAACGCCUGGGAGACCAUCAUCAUUUACCUCUUGAACAACAGACAGUUGGUGGUGGAGGACCACUUCAUCCGACAGAUGGACAACGUGUUUGACUCGAUGAUCUGCAUCUCUGUGGUGGCGUCCAUGUGCAGUUUACUGGCCAUCGCUGUGGACAGGUAUAUCACCAUCUUCUACGCACUGAGGUACCACAACAUAAUGACGGUCCGAAGAGCCGGCUGCAUCAUCGGAGGGAUCUGGACCUUCUGCACAGGCUGCGGCAUCGUCUUCAUCAUCUACUCAGACUCCACCCCCGUCAUCAUCUGCCUGGUGUCCAUGUUCUUCGCCAUGCUGCUCAUCAUGGCGUCGCUCUACAGCCACAUGUUCAUGCUGGCGCGUUCGCACGUGAAGCGCAUCGCCGCCCUGCCGGGAUACAACUCCAUCCACCAACGGGCCAGCAUGAAGGGCGCCAUCACACUGACGAUCCUCCUGGGGAUCUUCAUCGUCUGCUGGGCACCCUUCUUCCUCCACCUGAUCCUGAUGAUCUCCUGCCCUCGGAACCUGUACUGCGUGUGCUUCAUGUCCCACUUCAACAUGUACCUCAUCCUCAUCAUGUGCAACUCUGUGAUUGACCCACUGAUCUAUGCCUUCAGGAGUCAAGAGAUGAGGAAGACUUUUAAAGAGAUCAUCUGCUGUUACAGUCUGAGAAAUGCAUGCACCAACCUCUGUCCACUGACGGACAAGUACUGAGAAAAACAAAUUAAAGGAUUGGACUGAAAGAACCUGACACUGGAGAAUAAUUAUGGAAGACUCUAUGAAAAUAUAGAAGCUAAGAGCUCCAAUUUUCAGCAAGUACACCGCGUAGUUAAUCACACUUUUACAAGAACAGUUUGAACUGGAAAGUCGACACUGACUAAAUUUUUUACGCACCACCCAGUUGCUUGGAAAGACACGAUGGAUCAUUAGAAGAUCGUCCGAGGGUGUGUGUUCUUUUUUUUUUUUUUUACCUACACUGUUUAGUCUGGUUUAAUUGGCCUCCGGUUUGUUUUCCCCCUUGGUACGAUUAGUUUGGGUAGAAGUAAACAAUCAAAAAAAUCAGACUCGGUACAGAUAAAAACAGCCUCACACAGACUGUUUGGAGGAAUUAGCCUCUGUUUGAUUGCAAAUAAACUGUGGCUCAGUUCGUUUGUGGCAGCAGCGGGAUCCACGUCCAAUCCAAACCGAGCAGAAGGUGAAGGAACAAUAUGCGGAGUUCAGCGCUGGGGUUGGGAAAAGGGGAAAACUGGUGCUCGCCAAGCACAGGGCUGGGUCACAUGUGAAUGAAAAAUGUACAGCUUAUUAUUAAUGAAUGUCAUGGAUGUUUAACAGCAGUGAGGAGGAACCUGAGGCACUCCCAUGGCGAGGAUAAUAAUCAGGAAUUAAAACAUGGAUGGGUCAACGGGUUUUAACCGAGUUCUUGG